CAUGAUUGUAUUCAGAUAACAAAAUUUGAAUUGCUCAUAGUGUCAUGUCUUUUAUCUUAAUCUUCAGCAAACAGCGCAAAAAGAAUCUCAAGAAGAUACAAACUGAACUGAGAAAGGAACAACAACCACCAAAAGUACAACUACCAACACAACAGAACAUAUUGAGUAAUAAUAACAACUCAAUAUUUUUUUUCAAAUUUCUUUUGAUGCAAUUAUAAAUAAACAAUCGAGGAGCACGUAUAUGACAACAUUUGCAGCCCCAAACUUUACCCAUCUUUGCAGUAUAUUUCUGGAUGAUGUAAUGACGAUAAAGAUGUUUGAAGGAUGAGGCUCUGAACCGUGCAAGUCCCUCUGCCCUCUCUAUGGCGUUAGAAAUAGAUGAAUUUGUUCCCUCUAUGGCGGUUGGAGAAUCUAGUAAACCACUACAAACAGAAUUUGAUACCCUAUCUACAACGAGUUUUGUAGAAUAUUCCUACUCAGAAGAAGAAUAUCCAAGAGCAGGUGAGACAGAUGAUGAAGAAUAUCCAACAGAACAGAACACAAUGUUUGCAGGAUGAGGCUCUGAACUGUACAAGUCCCUCUGCCCUCAGCAGUAUGGUGUCUAAUUGGUUUGAUGGUUGGCCCGUGUCAGACGAAAACCUUGUAAAAUUGAUGAAAUCAUGUGAAGACUCAGUUGCCGGAAGACGUGAACCUUUUACUUGGAUUCAUGUGUAUGCUUACUUCAAUAAGAAAAAACGUUACGGAGGAUAUGGAGUUAUUGUACACAAUGAUCUAGGGGUGCCAAUCACUGCUUCAGCUCGGUUCUCAAAAGAUGGAUGUUCUUUUUAUCAUCAAGUAUUCGAGGGAAUAAAUGCUGGUGUGAAACUUGCUGGAAAACUUGGUUGUUCUCAUCUCCGUGUCCGGUGUAAUUCGGCUAAACUUCCAUUUCAUUUCAAUUAUUUAGAUGUGUGUUGUAAUAGAAAAUGCAAAGACACGGCUAAUGCUAACAAUAUUUGCGAUAGAUGUGACGAGUAUAUUAUGAGCGAGCUGGGUUGUUGCCCUGAGAUGAAGCUUCUUGUGUUGAAACUUAGGCAGAAGGAUCCAAUAGAUUUUCUAUUUAAUUCGGCGGGUGUAGCUGUACAUUAUCCGGCAAAAUUGGAAAAAAAAAAAAGAAGGGACUUGCUCAGAAGAAGGAAGGAAGGUAUGCCACCGAUGAAGAUGGGUCAGGUGAGACUGGACAUGAGAUUCAACCAGCUAGACUUCCUCUAAGGCUAAAACAUAUUACUUGGGGGAGAAUGUUUUGCUAUGUCAAGCAGGAUGAUUGUAUGAAGAGGACUCUAUUGGGUAGUUCAGGUAUUCUUAUUUUGAUUAGUAGUUGUAUUCUAUUACUUUAUUAUGUGGGUAUUGUUCAUGUUAACGGAUAAGGAGACCUGGUGCUGAAUCUUAUCAAGUCUUUCUUU